GCCAGAAGGAGGCGCUCCCUGAAGGCGCGGCUGCUGGCGCCGGGCAUCCUGGGCCAGGGAACCCGCGCCGGGUCUUGCAGGCUGCCGGCUCCGGCACUCUCCAUCUGCCCUCGGCGGGGCCAUCCUGCCGGCGCGCUCCCUGCAUCCCUCUCUCCAUCCCCCGCAUCUGGUACCCAUCGCCUGGCAACCUCCAUCCUCCAUCCUCUGCGGAUGCUCCGCUCUUGCCCCGCCGACCUCGAGCCCUAGAACCGCCGGGAUAUUUUUCCUCUUCCCUCCUCGGGGGGCUUUCUUCACAUGCAGCGCCCGGCUGAGAGGGGCUCGCCGCUGUAUCCCCCCACCCCACUCCAAGCUGCGAUGCCCACGGUGGGCGUGGGCCGCCCAUCCCCCAGCGGAGCAGCCUCGCUGCCCGGCAGCGCCCAAGCCGCCCUCUUUGGCUUCUAGAGAGAUCUGCAAGGGCGAUAGAGGAGCGGCGCUGUGGGGAGGGGGGGGGCAGAGGACAGGAGAGCCCCCCGGGGGACGCGCACCCCGUGCAACAUUAACUCUUUGUCCGCCGCCGCCGCGGAGGGAUUGCAGACGGGAGAGAUGAUGGUCGCCGCUGGUUGAUUUUAUUAUACAUUAAACGUGCGCGUAUAUCUUCUCUGCUAUCCGGGGCUGCUAACCCAACGAGAGAGGAAAAGGUGUUUUCUGGGGUCCCCUGGAUGGCCGCUGCCUUUGCGAAGAGAAACCUCUGAGCAGUUUUGCAAGCUCCACGCCCUGGUGGAGAGAGAGAGAUCGAGAGAAAGGGAGAGAGAAAGAGAUCCCUUCCCCCAUCUCCAUCUUCCUCAUUGGAGACCAGCUGAAGGAAAGCAGAAGGAAUCCCUCCGUCGGAUGGCUCCCAGGGCUUGAGGAUCGCUUCCGAAAGGUGAACCUAGGAAGACCUUGCAGGAAGGAGAUGGGCUUUCCUCUUUGUUCUGGACAGCAUCGUUUCAGGAUGUGAAGCGGCGGGCACCUCUCCUGGCGCAGCGGCGGCGGCGGCGAGAAGACCGCUGCCUGGGGACCUCCAGCCCAUCUUUUGCACCGGGAGCCUGGCAGAAGGCAGCGAGGCUGGCGCGGUGGGCUUCGAACUCCCCUCUCCCCGCUCUGUAGCUCUACAGAUCUUAUUUCAUCGCAGGGGAUUUUGGCCAACCGGGGUGCCAAUGGGCACGCUGCCUGGCGUCCCUGGCGGUGCAGUGCUCUCAUCCGAACGGGCACACCGGUUUCCCCGAUGGGAGCCGGGCUGCCAGUUCUAGGGACUUGGAGGAACUGGGAUGGAUGGUGGAGCAGCUGCCCUAGGAACCGGCCGCCGUGGGGAGUGAACCCCAACGCCUAUGGGUCCCUGGAGCUGCAGAGCAAGUUCCUCCCUCUGACGGCAGCACCAUGGAGCGGCUCCUGCUCUGCGUCCUGGUGGUGCUCAGCACCAGCCUGGCCUGUGCCCAGCUGUGCCCCAAGCGCUGCAUGUGCCAGAACCUCUCUCCCUCCCUAGCCAUCCUCUGCACCCGGACCGGCCUCCUCUUUGUGCCCACCGUCAUCGACCGGCGGACGGUGGAGCUGCGCCUGACGGACAACUUCAUCACCGUCGUCCGCCGCAAGGACUUCUCCAACAUGACCAGCUUGGUCCACCUCACCCUCUCCCGCAACACCAUCAGCCAGAUCCUGCCCUACGCCUUUGCUGACCUCCGCAGCCUCCGCGCGCUACACCUGGACAACAACCGCCUGCUGUUGAUCGGCGCCGAGCAGCUGAAGGGGCUGCCCAACCUGCGACACCUCAUCCUCAGCAACAACCAGCUCCAGGACAUCUCUCCCGGAGCUUUCGACGACUUCGCUGGCACCCUGGAAGACCUGGACCUCUCCUACAACAACCUGGUGCAGGUCCCUUGGGACACCAUCCGCCGGCUCAACAACGUCAACUCCCUCAACUUGGACCACAACUUGAUUGACUACGUCCCCGAGGGGGUAUUCACUAACCUCCUCAAGCUGGCCCGAUUGGACAUGACGUCCAACAAGCUGAAGAAGAUCCCCCCAGACCCUCUUUUCCUCCGCAUCCCCGUCUACGCCAAAUCCAAGGGGUCUCCUCUGUCCUCGCUGGUCCUCAGCUUUGGCGGCAACCCUCUGCACUGCAACUGCGAGCUGCUGUGGCUGCGGAGGCUCACCCGCGAAGACGACUUGGAGACCUGCGCCUCUCCGCCGGACCUGCUGGGGAAAUACUUCUGGACCAUCCCGGAGGAGGAGUUCAUCUGCGAGCCGCCAGUCAUCACCCGCUACACCGGCCGGCUGGUGGUGACGGAAGGCGAGGAGGCGGUUCUGCGGUGCCGCGGUGUGGGCGACCCUGAGCCCUCCAUCCACUGGGUCUCGCCGGAAGGCAAAGUGGUGGCCAACACCUCCCGGACGACGUCCUACGAGAACGGCACGCUCGAGGUGCUCAUUGCCACCGUCCAGGACACCGGGGCCUUCACCUGCAUCGCCUCCAACGCCGCCGGCGAGGCCACCACGUCCAUCGAGCUGGUGGUCAACCCUUUGCCGCACCUCGCCAACGGCACAGCCCCCAAGCUCCCUGAGGCGGCAGGGCCCUCGGAUAUCUUGACUCCGGCUAAGGGCGCCCUCCCCGCCGGUGCCAACGAAACGGGGGCCUCUCAGGACAAGGGGGUGGCGGCCUCAGAGGUGUCUGCCUCCUCAGUGCUGAUCCGCUGGUACCCGCAGUGGCAUGUGCCCGGGAUUCGGAUGUACCAGAUCCAAUACAACAGCUCCUCGGACGAUACCUUAGUGUACAGGUGAGCAUCGCGGGGUCUCCGUAAGCGGCCGUU